UUCAACAUUCUUUGCAUUUCAGUCUCCAAGCCAGCACCUUACUGGGAGGGAACAGCAGUCAUUAAUGGAGAGUUUAAAGAGCUGAAGUUAACAGAUUAUGAAGGAAAAUAUCUUGUCUUCUUCUUCUAUCCUCUUGACUUUACGUUUGUCUGUCCAACUGAGAUAAUUGCUUUCAGUGACCGAAUUGAAGAAUUCAGAGCAAUAAAUACCGAAGUAGUAGCAUGUUCUGUGGAUUCAAAAUUCACUCACUUAGCAUGGAUUAAUACUCCUCGUAAACAAGGAGGACUUGGACCAAUGAAGAUUCCCCUUCUUUCUGAUCUGACACACCAGAUUUCAAAGGAUUAUGGAGUGUAUUUGGAAGAUCAAGGACAUACCCUUAGAGGCCUUUUCAUUAUUGACAAUAAAAGAAUCCUUCGACAGAUCACAAUGAAUGACCUUCCUGUUGGGAGAUCAGUGGAUGAAACACUUCGUUUAGUACAAGCAUUCCAGUACACAGACAAACAUGGAGAAGUUUGCCCUGCUGGUUGGAAACCUGGCAGUGAAACAAUAAUUCCAGAUCCAGCUGGAAAACUGAAGUAUUUUGAUAAAUUAAACUGAGGCUUGCUUCUGUUGAAUUAAAUAGGUCACAUACUUCUUGAUUUUUGCCAAUAAAAUUUCAUUAAUUUUUGGUA